AAUUCAGGGAGGAGAGACGCAGGAUGCUCCCUGCGGUCUGCCAGCCGAAAUGGGCGCGCUUUGUCUGUUCAGUAAUCGAAGACUCUCGAGCUAUUCCCCAAGCUCAUGCCUUGAUGAUUCUUACAGGGUUUCUCGCCCGCCCCAACUCGCCUGGACGCCUUAUCGCGGCUUACGGCCGCUCAGGGAACCUCGCCGCUGCCCGAGUGGUGUUUGACGCAUUGCCCCAACCGACUAUCUCCUCUUGGAACGCCCUCAUCAUUGCCCAUUUGAGAAACGAAUCCCCCUUCGAUGUCCUCCAUCUCUACCGCCGCAUGAUUUCCGAAGGAUGCAUACGGCCCGAUAGCUCCACCUUCACCAUCGCCCUCAAAGCUUGCACCCAGUUGUCGGAUCUCGAUGCCGGAGAACAGAUUCGAUCCCAUGCAUACGACCUUGGUUUUCAAAACGAUGUCUUUGUCAGCUCGUCGUUGCUCAACUUGUAUGCUAAAUGUGGGAAGCUGAUUGAAGCGGUGGAGGUGUUCGAGAGAAUGCCGAGAAGAGACCUUGUGUCCUGGACCACGAUGAUCACUGCGUUUUCUAAUUCUGGUAAGUCAAUAGAGGCCAUUGAUUAUUAUAGAAAGAUGCGAGUUGAGGGUGUCGAAGGGGAUGAGAUUGUGAUGGUUGGUUUGUUGCAGGCAUGUGCGGCAAUGGAGGAUGUGAGGGCUGGAGCUUCAAUUCAUGGGCAUAUGAUCCGUCUUGAUAUGAGAAUGGAUGUAGUUGUUGAGACUAGCCUCAUUGACAUGUAUGCGAAGAGUGGGUACCUGGGUCUUGCCAAUGUUGUCUUUGAGAGGAUGCGGAAUAAGAAUGUUGUAUCAUGGAGUUCUUUGAUCUCUGCUUAUGCUCAGAAUGGGUUUGCUAACGAAGCACUCUUGAUGCUGGUAAGGAUGCAGGAUUUCGGGUUUGUACCAGAUUCUGUUGCACUGGUAAGUGCAUUAUUGGCUUGUUCACAAAUUGGAUAUUUGAAAUUGGGCAAAUCUUUACAUGGCUUUGUUGUUCGGAGAAAGCUCAAAGUUGGUGUGAUAUUGGGCACUGCGGUGAUUGACAUGUACUCAAAAUGUGGGAGCCUAUUGAGUGCCCGUGCCAUUUUUGAUAGGCUGAGUUCAAGAGACUUGAUUGCUUGGAAUGCAAUGAUUGCUUGUUAUGGCAUUCAUGGUAAUGGUAAGGAAGCUCUUUCACUCUUUCUUGAAAUGAAAGAAACAGAAUUGAAGCCUGAUGAUGCCACCUUUGCUUCUCUUAUGUCUGCAUUUAGCCACUCUGGACUUGUGAGCGAGGGGCGUCGGUGGUUCAAUUGCAUGAAGAUUGAAUUUGGACUUGAACCCUGGGAGAAGCACUAUGCAUGCAUGGUGGAUCUAUUAGCUCGUGCUGGCCAUGUUGAGGAAGCUUUUGAUCUGAUCCAGACAAUGAAAAUCAAGCCAGGAAUUGCAAUAUGGGUUGCUCUUCUUUCAGGUUGCCAUAUCCAUAAGAAGCUGGAACUAGGUGAAUAUGUUGCAGAGAAAAUACUCAAGUUGAAUCCACAUGAUUUGGGUGUUUAUUUAUUGGUUUCUAACAUGUAUGCUUCAGCAAGGAACUGGAACAAAGUACAGGAAAUAAGAAGGAUGAUGAAGAUGAUGGGGAUGAAGAAAACCCCGGGGUAUAGUUUGGUAGAAUUGGAUGGGAAGUUUCAUGCAUUCCUAGCAGAGGAUAACAGCCAUCCAGAAUAUCUACAGAUCAUGGCUAUGCUAGAGAGAUUAGAGUGUGAAAUGAGGAAAAUAGGUUAUAUUCCAAAGAUAGAGUUGGUUCUCCAUGACCUCCAAGACGAUGUUAAGGAGAGAAUGCUCCUCUGCCAUAGUGAGAGGUUGGCUAUUGCAUUUGGAUUGCUGAAAACUGGCGCAGGGAUGCGGAUUCUAGUCAUAAAGAACUUGAGGGUUUGCGAGGACUGCCAUGACGCCAUUAAGCUGAUAUCAAGGAUUACAAACAGAGAGAUUGUGGUGAGGGAUGCAAAAAGGUUUCACCAUUUCAAUGAUGGGGCUUGUUCGUGCGGAGAUUAUUGGUGAACUCAAAUGAUUUUCAUUAAUAAAAACCAUUGAAACUUAUGGAAGUCUAUUGGAUUCAGACUUACGACCAUUCAAAAGCCAACCUUGCAACCAUUUCUCUAGUAAGAUCUAUAUACUACUGGAUUAAAUGAGGGAAAAGGAAGGUUCUUACACGAUUCUACAAAUAAACAUAACUUAUUUUCCUUAUGAGACAGGGGUGUCAAAAAUUGACACGACCUAAAACCCGACCCGGCCCCGACCCGAAAAAAUUCGGGUUCGGGUCAACCCGUUUGUUAAAUGGGUAUGGUCUGGGUUUGAAUUUCUGACCCGUUUGAAAAAAGGGUCUGGUUUGGGUUGAUCCGACAACCUACAGGUCGACCCGUUUAACCCGGAUCCCACAUUUUUUAGGCAUCCGCCUCAUUUGACCCCGCCGUCCGUCGUCCGUCGUCCGACAACUCCACCUCACUCGACUCUGCCGUCCGCCGACUGCCGACUCCGCCAAAUAGGUUCAGACUGACAGAUGGUCCUUUUUUUUCUGAGAGAUCUGGUCUUUUUUUUUUUUCUGAUGAUGUAGGCUUUCAAAGCAACAUGGUCCUCACCGAAUGCUCAAUGCUUGAGUUCAUUUGUCCUUCAGUGUGUUUGAUCCCGAAAGCUUAUUUGAUUCAAGAUAACUGUUUCAUCCAUGAUAAACUUGGGAAACAUGAAAGUUAUCAGCCAAAGAAGAAAUUCUCUGCAUUUUCGUUGUGUAUCAAAACAACUGGCCUUGCACUUGUCAAAGAUUUCAGUUAUGAGAAUACAGAUUGUUAGUGCAGUUUGCUCAUCCCUUUGGAAGUUGAUGAUGUUUGAUGUUUUAUGAACUUCUGAGAUAAGCUCAGCUCAUGGUUGGUCCACUCAGAAGCCUUGCUUACUCCAGAAUUCAGAAAUAAUUCAAAACCAUGGAAAAGAAGAGAAGUUGUGAUUUUCAAUUAUAAGAAACGGUACAUUUCCUGCUUAAAAAUAAUAUACACUCGCUGCAUAUAAUG